AUGCCGACAGUAAGUGUAAAGUGGCAAAAAGAGUUGUUUUCCAAUGUGGAAAUAGACACUAGCCAGUCCCCAUACGUUUUCAAGUGCCAGCUCUACGACCUUACUGGAGUACCACCUGAAAGACAAAAGAUUAUGGUCAAAGGUGGCUUACUAAAGGACGAUGCAGAUUGGUCAAAACUAGGAGUGAAAGAGGGUCAAAAAUUGAUGAUGAUGGGAACCGCAGAUGAGAUUGUAAAGGCUCCAGAAAAGGGCCCUGUUUUUGCUGAAGACAUGCCAGAAGAGGAACAAGUUAUUCACAUGGGACAUUCUGCUGGUUUAUUUAAUCUAGGAAACACCUGCUAUAUGAACUCAACAGUGCAAUGCUUGCAUUCAGUCCCAGAGUUAAAGUCUGCUUUGAUAAAGUACCCUCCUCCAGUUAGAAGCAAUGAAGUGGACCAGACUUCUCAUUUAUUGACUGUUGCAACACGAGAUUUAUUUAAUGACCUUGACAAAAAUGUCAAGCCGGUAGCACCAAUGAGAUUUUUGACGGAAUUGCGGAAAAAAUAUCCUCAAUUUGCCCAGCUGCAAAAUGGAGUUUACAUGCAGCAGGAUGCUGAAGAAUGUUGGACACAACUUAUUUAUACCCUUUCACAAUCUCUCAAAUCACCAAGUUCCAGUGAAGCUCCCGAUGCCAUGAAGAGACUUUUUGGUAUUGACCUAGUUAGCAGGGUUCACUGCCCCGAAAGUGGUGAAGAAAGCGCAGAAACAGAAUCUGUGUAUUCACUUAAAUGCCAUAUUUCACAAGAAGUGAACCAUCUGCAUGAGGGGCUAAAACAUGGUCUAAAAUCAGAAUUGGAGAAGGCUUCUCCUUCUCUAGGGCGAAGUGCCUUGUACUUGAAGGAUUCCCGCAUUAAUGAUUUGCCAAGAUAUUUGACUAUUCAAUUUGUACGUUUUUUCUGGAAAAGAGAAUCAAAUCAGAAGGCAAAAAUUUUGCGGAAAGUGGACUAUCCUUUGGAGUUGGACGUCUAUGAUUUUUGUUCAGAAGAUCUUCGCAAAAGAUUGGAAGUUCCUCGCCGGAUUCUAAGAGACGAGGAAGGCAAGAAGCUUGGUCUAAAAACUAGUGAUAAGAACUCUGGUUCAACAGACGAUGAUGUCAAGAUGGCUGAGGCAGAGGCAUCAUCAAAUAGAAGUGGGGAUUCGUCUAAAUGUGAACCGGUUGAAGAUGUUCCCGAGAAAGAGAAGGCACUGACAGGAAUAUAUGAUUUGGUUGCUGUUCUGACACACAAGGGUAGAAGUGCUGAUUCGGGGCAUUACGUUGCCUGGGUCAAGCAAGAAAAUGGGAAAUGGAUUCAGUUUGAUGAUGAUAAUCCAAUCCCGCAGCGUGAAGACGACAUUACAAGACUUUCUGGAGGAGGUGAUUGGCAUAUGGCUUACAUUUGCAUGUACAAAGCUCGCGUUAUUCCCAUGUGA